GUGACUUUCGGCUGCAGCCACUUCAACUUUAUUACUACUUCCCCCAACUUCAGUCAGCGAGCCACCAUCCAUACAGCAACUAAACCCAUUCCAUUCCAUCCCUACUCGAUCAACUGUCAUUGUUAUGGCGUCCAUGUCCCCAUUCUUCCCCUAAAGGCCCUCCUCAACGAUUAAGGUUGCCGCGCACGCUUCGACGAUGAGCCAGUCUUACUUUCCCGGCGAGGGUUCCUCGAGGCGAGAACACCAAUACGACGAACCGAACAACAACCCGGACGAAAUGCCUUCUCCUCCACCGAGUGAGCCCGCCUCAUAUCGACCGCAGUAUAUGACGGUGGGCACUGGAGGACAGCCCACUCAUGCAGCAGCCCUUAUGGAACAACUGGAACGAGACUCAGGCUACGGCAGCAUGGCGGGCGAUGCGCAACAACGCGGUGGCGAGAUGCGCGCAUGGGAAGAUGAAUUGCUCCGAGACAGACCUACGCCCGCCCAUACCCCUCAGGUCGACGGGAGGCCGUCAGCAAUGUCGGACACAGAGAAACGUGCCCUGGCCAGCCAUGUCCACCAAUUGUACUACAAUCAAAACCGCGUCGCGCUGACGAAGGCGAUCGGCCAGACGAUGGAACUCCUGAAGCAAUUACAAGAAAUGAAUGCCCAGUGGCCAGCUCAUUAUCCAUCCGUACAACGCCCGGAAGAAGAAGUACACCCCAGCAGGCCGACCUUCACGCAGGCACAGUCGACGAGAGACCAGGGUGAUCUAUCACGGGAAGCCUUCCAGCGCAAGGCCGGACACCCCCGACCUGGAGCAUUGCGGAGGGCUGGUACAUCGAUUGGAGAAGACAGUUCUGCGGAAUCCAGCGCGCAGGCUGAGCGGAAGUCGACUGCUGAGCCACGGUUGAUCACGCCACAGAUCGCCCAGGAGUUUUCCAUCCUCAAACUGGAUCUCAAAGUGGGCGCUCUAUCUCAGACGGAGCUUGUUCAUUCCUUGGAAAAGAAGUCAAUUGCCUCGUUGCUCGACGGAAAGAUCAGUCAAAGCGUUCGGCAUCUGCUUGCUCUACGGGACCGCAUCGAGGACACCUCCAGCAAAGUUUUAGUGACCGGAGAUCUCAAUGCCGGGAAGUCGACAUUCUGCAACGCCCUUUUACGGCGCAAGAUCCUCCCUGAAGAUCAACAGCCAUGCACCAGCAUAUUCUGUGAGGUCCUUGACGCCAAAGACAAUGGUGGCGUAGAGGAGGUACAUGCUGUUCACAAAGAUUCAAUUUAUGACCGGAAUGACGAAAGCACAUAUGACAGCUACUCCCUACAGGAGCUGGAAAAGAUUGUGGUGGAUAAUGAACGGUAUAUGCAGUGCAAAGUCUAUAUUAGAGACGUCCGGAGCAUUGACCGGUCGUUACUAAAUAAUGGCGUCGUGGAUAUUGCACUGAUUGAUGCGCCAGGGCUGAACUCUGACUCGGUCAAGACAACUGCAGUAUUCGCGCGGCAGGAAGAAAUCGACGUCGUUGUCUUCGUGGUAUCCGCCGCCAAUCAUUUCACAUUAUCCGCCAAGGAGUUUAUAUGGCAAGCCGCCCAUGAGAAGUCCUACAUCUUCAUGGUAGUCAACGGCUUUGACAACAUCCGAGAUAAGCAGCGAUGUCAGAAAUUGAUUCUCGAGCAGUUGGCCAAACUCAGUCCCCAAACCUUUAAAGAGGCCCAGGAGCUGGUACAUUUUGUGUCUAGCAAUGCCAUUCCCAUGGCACCAGCACCAGCCCCCAGCGGCUCGGGGGCCGAUGCGGGCGGAUCCGGGCCCUCGAAUCCUCCAGAUGGUGACGACGAUGAUGGUGGGAACGACCAUGAUAAGGGCAAAGGCAAGGAUAAGGAGAAGAUCCAAGAUUUCGAGGUGCUUGAGGGAGCUCUACGUAGGUUCGUCCUGGAGAAGAGAGCGCGCUCGAAGCUGGCUCCGGCCAAGACUUACCUAAUGAACUGCUUGGGCGACCUGAACGUCCUCGCCACGGUGAACCGGGACGUUGCACAGGCGGAACUUGAACGCGUGGCGAAAGAACUCUCCGAAAUCGAGCCCAAGUUUGCAGAGAGACAGAAGCAGCGGGUGGCCGUAACGGAGCAGGUUGAGAAGGAAAUUGACGCCACCUCAACCGACGUUUACAACCAUACACGUACGACCUUGUCGAGUACAAUCGCCAAUGUCGGCAAGGCAGAUCACGGCGUCGAGUAUCCAGGCAUAUGGUCCGCUUUCCAGUUUGCCGAAGAUCUCCGUAUCGCCAUGCUCGACCAAAUCUCAGCUGCAGUCACUAGCUGCGAAGCCUACGGGAGAAGCAAAACCGUCGAAGGGGUUAGCAUGAUCAAAUCCCUGGGUCUCUUACACGUGGGCGACAGCUACGAGAGACUGAACUUCCAAGCGGACAAGAUGUUCCAACGCCGGAAAGACGCGUUGGUGCGUUCCGUCGACACCGAUGUAGACAUUUGGGACUUUUUCGACUUGGCAAGCAUAUGGGAGCGGCAGGAGAAGACCGUUGGAACAGGCCUGGCACUUACCGUUGUUGGAACCGUGGGCUCCAGAGCAAUGGGUGGCGUCGGGUGGAUUGAUGGUGCCUUCGGGGCAGCAAGGGUUCUUGGUAACCGGAAUCUGAGAAGGUUGAUCUUGCCAGGUGUUGUUGCUGCUGCCGUCCUUACCGUCGCCUACGUCUUGUCCACCAUUCCUCAGACUCUUCCGCCCCGACUGGCAUCAAAACUGUCAGCGACUCUGGCAGAGAUGGACUAUACACAUAGCAAUGCGCACCGCAUAGCCGGCGAAGUUCGAAGAGUGCUCCGAUAUCCGGCCCAACAACUGACGGCGGAUCUUGCCCGAGGGGUAGAGGAGCUGAAGCAGAAAAAGGAAGAUGUGACCAAGGUCAAGCGUGAGAGCGAAGUGGCACGCAAGUACUUUGGAAACCUGGUUCGCGAUUCCUCCGAAACACGGCGGAGAGUCGCGAGUAUCGACCUGGAAGGACCGCCAGGAGCAGUCGGGGCAUACGCAAGCUGAAGAAAAAGCAACAUAAUCCUUUCGCAGGCGGCAUGAGAUUGUGAGUUUGAGCGUGACGGAGUGUCGGGUUGAGCGAGCGUCUUCUGGCAGUGCUUCAUUCUCUCCACUUGCUCUCUCCAUUCUUUCAGAUACUGAAUACAACUUGAAUGACCAUGUAGCAAUUGAUCAUCCUGGAUAUUUGAAGAUGC